UUAUGCAAAAUUGCGUGUGCGUGUUUUUUUGUUUUUUUGUUUUUUUAAGUGUGUUAUUAUCUUUGAAGCCCCGAUGACGGCGCGAGCACGCGGACAGGCUGGGUGUCACACACAUCUGGAUCAGACCGGAACGGUCGGUACCAGCACGGGCAUGACGGCGGGAGGUGACGCUGCGUGUAAAUGAUGAACACUCUCCGGGACUGCUCGUCUUGAUCUUCACUUAAACCCAGAUGCCUCCUCUUCCUCUCGACGAGCGCAUAGUGGUCAUCCAGCGGCCUGAAAACUUAGUCUUGUGUGAGGCUUCCCCCCAAGUAAUCCCGCAUCACACUUCUCGGAUAUCCACUUCUUCCAAUGAACAAGUCUCCCGAGUUUCCCGGACUCACCCUUCUCAGCCUCACUUUUACUCACCCACGUGUAAAUCUCUGACUCUGGAAUGCAAACGCAGAUCCUCCCGUGCACAGAAAAUCACGGACAACCAUCUGGUUAUCCCAGCAGGUUACCAACAAGCCCCAAGCCACUGCCACAGCAAUGGAACCGUGACUCUCGGUCCACGACUGCCAUCCCACACACACACGAUUGAUAUCAGACUAAAACUAGACAAAGGCGGCAGAGCAGGAAUUAGCAACUCACUUGGUCGGACUGGAAGUGUCAAGUGUACAAGGGCAAAAUGCCCAACUUUACAUUUGGAUCAGUUUGAGAGAAGAAGUGGAGGUGAACGCAAGUCGCAGCAAAGUCGACACAAUCAGCUGUCAUCUUCCGCCGGAGGACUUCUGCAGUUUGUCCCUGCCCAGGCGCAGCAUUACAAGCUCAGGGGUGAAAAAGGAAAGGAAAAUGUUUUGAACAGAACUGACCAAGAAUUUCCCUCGCUGGAUUAUAAGAAUUCCAAGCUGGGCACUCUGCGCCAAAAUCAUACAAGUCACAGUCUUCCCACCCACCGUAACUCUGUCCCUGUUCCCCAUGCUGCCAUCCUAAACCACCCCUCUUCCUCUGCCCCUCAUCCCGCACACUUCCCUGCCUCCUUCCAACAACUCAACGGGCCUCGCUUUUCUCGACACAGGGAUCACCGUCCUCACAUUCUUCAUGGUCUCACCCUCUCUCCCUGCGCCUCCCAUACAGGAGGGUUCCCCAGCCCUGACCACACCUGUACCAUUGACUGCACCCACCCCUUUGGAUGUGGUUGCUGGAGGUUGGUAAGAUGCAAAGGGUCUAAGGGCCACUCCUCCACGUGCCAAGGAGGUGGAGGUAGUUCUUCCACCUCCUUUUCCGGUGGCCACAAUGUUGGGGCAGUAAAAAAAGGAGGCAAAGAUAUGGGGCUGAAAAAUCUUGGAGGAUGUCUGUCCACCACCUCCACCUCUAACACCUCAUCAACCAACAGCACUGUGUCUGACCGCCGGUCGAAUCUGUUCAAACCACUCCGCUGUGCCUCCUGCGCUAGUGAGGCUGGAGCCUUUGAGAGUCCUGCUAUUCUUCGUAAAAAACUAGUAGGGGGAUGUCUGCCGUGUACCCCUUUAUCCUCUUCUGCCCCUCUUAGGGCAAUUCAAAGCUGUGUCACAGGCUGCAAUCCCAAAGCCUCCCAGAUAGGUAGCUCCACCUGCAGCUACUGUAGCAGCGAUCCCAUAGUGGUAACAUUUAACCCUCGCAGAGGUAAACCGCCCGGAAGAAGUAUUGGGGCGCCUCAUUCAGCGACUACGUUUCAAGCUGAUGACGAUGACUACAGUGUGCGUACUAUCUGGCCUGAGGAACUGGCCAGAAAGAUGACCCAUUCCACAGCUCAAAAAAAUCACUGUGCCGGCGUGGGAGUAGGUGUCGGGAAGACCACUUCGAGCCAGAUCCAAAAUGGAAGCAACGGAAGUGGACUUGUACUCCUGGACUCUCAUAACCUUCAAGAGUAUGCACACUCUCAGCUAACAGACCACGCUGGACGACGUCGCCUACAGCAGGGAAACAUGGCUGCUUUGGAUUUUAUAGGCUAUAGGUCGGGGUCAGGAUUUGAAGAAGGCCGGGAUUCACUAAGGAGGCUUCUGAAUAAAGCCGACAAUGUAGGAAUGAGCAGCACUCUUGAGCAUGACAGAGACGCCCCAUAUACUGGUUCACCUUCUCCCUGCUCACCUUCUCCACUAUCACCGGUUUCCUUUUCGCCUACACCGUCCGCCCCCAGCACACUCAUCAAAACCAAACCCUGGCAGAGAGACAGGGAAGGGGGGCAUUCGCUACCAUCAGCUCAGUCCCUUCACUUGGCUCUGAACUCACUAAACAGAGAGCAAGAUGAAGAGAAGAGCAGAAUGCACCUUUCCCUGCCACUUUCAUCUUCGCUGCCAGCCUCCCUAUCCGAUGAGUCUGCCAUGACUCCCGAUGCGGAGAACGCAGUCGUCAGUGCCAUCCUUCCAUUCUUGUUUCUUGGAAACGAACGGGAUGCUCAGGACUUGGAUCUCCUGUUGCGCCUCAACAUCGGCUACGUGGUGAACGUGACGACUCAUCUGCCCCUCUACCACGUCAAAUCUGGAUUGCGCUACAAAAGGCUGCCAGCCACAGACAACAGCAAACAAAACCUUCGACAAUAUUUUGAGGAGGUUUUUGAGUUUAUUGAGGAGGCAUAUCAGAGUGGGCAGGGAGUGUUGGUGCAUUGCCAGGCAGGUGUGUCCCGUUCUGCAACCAUCGUCAUCGCCUACUUAAUGAAGCACACCCUCAUGACAAUGACAGACGCCUAUAAAUACGUACGUAGCCGUCGUCCUGUGGUGUCACCAAAUUUAAACUUCAUGGGCCAGCUUUUGGAGUUUGAGAGAGACCUCAACUCAGGGGUGACUCCUCGCAUCCUGAUGCCUAAACUUGACGGUGUGGAGACGCAGUUGACCAACCUCUUGGAUUAUGUCCUCAUCCUUUUAUUAUACAGAAUGAAAGGAGACACCCCAGUGAACAGCACCAUGAGUGUCGGCCAGGCCAGGAAGCUGGUGGAGCAACUGAAGAUAGAGGCCAGUUUCUGCAGGAUAAAGGUGUCCAAGGCGGCAGCUGACCUGAUGGCGUACUGCGACGCCCACUCCUGUGACGACCCCCUGAUCACACCCGUGCCCACCUCAGAGAACCCUUUCAGGGAGAAGAAGUUCUUCUGCGCUCUGCUUUAAAACUAAUCAGGGAUUGUUGUAAUUUUAAAUACAAAAAGUACAGCGUGUACACGUAUGUACACUGUGUACAUGUACCUGCCAUCAAAUCAGACAUGAAGUACAGUACUCGCAGCACACACUCUGCUAUGAACUACUAGACUGUCUCUCAGUGUUAGAGAACGUUCAGCAAACCUGCUGAUUUAUGAGUCAGAGUCAUCAAGACAGGACUGAAAGAAAAUAUUUAAUUCAUCUGUAAGAAAAUAUCACAUUUAUAAAUACAUAACAAGAGUUAAAUAUUGAUAAGAUCCACUUGUAAGGCUGGGAUACAUUCCUGUGAUUUAUUUAUGAGUCAUGUCAAACAAUGUUUAGCUCUGAUUAUUAGGGUGUGUAUAUGUAGGUGCUAUGUGCGAAUAUGUAUGAGUAAACAAAUGUGUAGAUUUACAUCCAUAAUGGCCCUCUCAUCAGGUACACCCAGGGGGGACCCCCACAUAUGCAGGCCCUUCCAAGGUUUCUCGUUGUUCCAAUUGGGUUGAGUUUUUUCUUGCUGAUGUGGGAUCUGAGCCGAAGAUGUCGUUGUGGCUUGUGCAGCCCUUUGAGACAUUUGUGAUUAAGGGCUAUAUAAGUAAACUUUGAUUAAUUGAUCCGUGCAAUCCAAUGAAUGAGCAGCUCAUUCAUCAUGCAAAAAGAGUCAGCCGAGCUCACCUUGGGCUGGAAACUUAAUGUUAUUUGGGGUUUUGUUUUUUACAGGUAAACAUAAGAUAACUAAUCAAAACAAAGGCACGUUGGCUAAGAUAAUAACACCAUUAUCUGACACGCGAGUUAACAUAAAAACGAGACGAGAAUUUUGUCAGGAACGAAAUCCAAUCAUAGUCAAUUCUGUCUUGUCAAUUGGUGGGACAAGAUCGGAAUAUGUCCAAUCACAGUUUAUUAAUGGUGUACAUUGAAAGUAGCGUGGGGAUUAGUUAUAAAAGAUGCUUUUCCUUGCGAGAUUAGAAAGUCACCGCCAAAAACAAAAUGUGCGGAUUUAGCAUGUUCCACAUGGUAAUAUGUGUAAAACUGGGAUAAAGUGAACACAUUUUUACUGCUGUGAUGCAAUCAGCCGGCAAAUCAAUGAUCGUGACAUCUACACAACUUUAAGUUAAAUCUACUAUUUGUUGCUUCGUGUUGUGGCAAAAACUGACUCCCUGCCAAAAAUGUAUUCCCGACUCGUGAGCGCGCAUCGCAUCUGUCCACGCCUGAUUAUCCACGCCUGAUUACUACAUGUAAAACAAACACAUUCGUGGUAACUGUAAGGAUAUGUGUUUGAAAUUAUUUAUGCCUUCAUCGUGUUUGAAAAAUGAAAGAGUUGGCCAUUUCUAUGGUAUUUUUGAGCUUGUAAAAGACGGUUGUUGAUCUGAUGUUGAUGUGCUAAAACCUAAGUCUUGUUUAAAAGCUACAUACAAUAUUAAUAGUGUUUGGAUGUAUUCUUGGUUGCCAAAAUAUAUUUAAUGUAAUAUUUUAAUAGACACGUCUCAUCUGUGCAUUUCCUAAAAAAAUGUCAAUCUACAUAACUAGAAAUAGAUGCUGGGUGAGCACAUUUAUAAAAAUCCACAAAUAAUGUCAAUCUCCUGGUGUAUAUUUAUUAAUUAGACAUUGUUUUAUUGUACUUUGCAACUAAACAAUUUCAGCAAAAAUAUUAUACAGUACACAUAUACAUAAUGCACCUGUCAGUGUACAGUGCAGUUGCUACAAGCACAAUAAUAAAGAGUUAAUACUUCUCUGAGCAUUGAAUUGUGAUGACACGGCACCUUAUUGAAACUCAUAAUGUGUGGGUGUACUUAAAGUAAUUAAAACCAAACAUCUGAUUACCUUCAACUUUAAGUUAUAUGACAUGAAGAAUGAGUAUAGUACAGGGUUUUCCAUUGCUACCAAUAUUUGUUCAUUAUUACUUUGACAAAAUAUUUUUAAUAUUUUAUGACUAUUACAUCAGCAACUCUGGUAGGUUGA